CAGAAACAGCUACAUGUGAAACACAGACAAAACGUCCGGACACUAUUUCAGAAGAGUGAGAAAAUGGAUGACUUCCUAACAAACUCACAAAGAGUUUUCCCCCACUGAAUGAGAUGGCGUAGAAGGCUCGAAGCACCGUAAAAGCCAGAGGAGUUGCCAUGGAUGCCCUGGCUGUCAGUGGAUUUCAGCUCUCCCCAGUGAAAGGCUUUGACCAGAAAGUGGAGAUCCGAGCAGAGAAACAUGAACACCUACGAGGACGUAACAAUGUGACUUCUUGUCGGAGCCCUACGAGAGAAUUUAACACAAAACUGAUAAAGAAUGAACUGAAGGAAAAGAGGCACCUAGAAUUUCUCAGGAGGAGAUCAGUCAGUCCAGACUUGUGUGGAGCGAAUUCUACAAACUGUUCCUCAAAAAGAAAAACUCCAAAGACAUUUGGAGGGAAGAAAUACACUUCAGUCAGCAAGUCAGAGACAUUGUAUACAAAUAUCCAAAAUACUCAAACUGCUAAUGGACACCCAGUAAUGAUUUUAACACCAAACAGCAGUGUAUCGGAUGACCCAAGCACCAGUAAAUGGGCUUCCUUAUGGUCAGAACAUGUAACGCCGGUGAGGCAUGAGAAAUACCCCACAAGGAAGCAAGUAUAUACCUCCACAACAGUGACAAAAGAAUCAAACAAGAAGAAAAGCACGGAUAAAAGAGAGAAUAGUAUAAAUGCCCAAAAGAUGAGCAUCAAAACAUUCAUUCAGACUGAAAAGAGUCAGCAGAAAAAGACAAUGCGAGAGGCCACUGUGCAGACAGAGUCUGGACUCAUCACUGUCAAGGAAUCAGAUAUUCAGCAGUUAGCCGAUUGCUUGCAGGAGGCAUUGUGGAGAGAAGACAUAGUGAAGAAGAAGCUGGCAGCUCUGCAGGAGAGAACGUCAAACCUCAUGAACUCCUCCAACAAAAUAUGGACAGCUCGCUGCAGUGAAGACCUGCUGAGAAACAAGAUCAAGGCUCUGGAGGCUCAACUGCAAGUCUGCUUGCAGAAAUUUCCCAAGGAUGGAGUGAAGAAACUGGUGCUGCAGAUGGAAAAGCAGAAACUGAUUUAUGAAGAGAAGGCCCUGGUCGCCCUGCAGAAGGCCACGCAGGAGAAAACUGAAGCAGUCACAAAGGCAGAGACAAUGCAGGAAGCGCUACUUACAGCAAAGGCAGAGGCACUGAAGUGGCAGAGCCUUUAUGAGGAUCUGAAGCUGAGCUCAGCACAACUCAGGGAGCAUCAGUACCUCAGUAAUGAACAGCUGCAACAGCUGCACAGUCAAAUCGAGCUUUCCAGGGCCAGAGAGGCUGAGCUGAAGGAGGAGAUGAUGUCACUAAGACAAGAGAGGAAAGAGCUUCAAUACAACAUCUGCCAGCUGGAAGAAGACAACGAAGGUUUAAGAGAGGAAGUCCAACUUCUUAGAGAUGGCGCCAAUGAGAGCCAGGACAUCAUGAUGCAGGAGUGUCUGACGCCAGAGGAAGCAGAGCCACGACUGAUAGUGAGGAGAGACUCUCAGGUGGGGGAGGAGCUCCGUCACACUCAGGAGAAACUCCAACUCAAGGAGAGAGAGUGUGAGGAGCUGCAGACAGAGCUGCAUGCUAUGGAGCAGGAAUGUCAGUCCAGUCAGGCCCGGCUGUCGCAGUGCAGGGACGAGCUUCGGCAGCUCAGCAACCGCCGCAGGACACCGGCACGCUGUGGCUCCUGGUGGAGAGUGUUUGUGUUCUUCCUCCUACUCCUCGCUGUGGCAGGUGUUGCCAUGUUGUGGCUGUGGCAUCCACCUUUCAGGGAACAAGUUGAGGACCUUUACUCAGAUAUAGAGAUACGCGUUGACAACUAUCUCAUGGAAAUGGCCUCUCCUCGACACUCAGGCUGUUUUAGACCAAUAUGAUCAUGUCACUGCUCAGGCAUAUUCACGUAGUUUGUUGUUGCUUUUGUUUUGAAAUUUUUAACAUUUUUCUAGGAUGUAGUUUGUUGAUAUUUUUGUAUUUCUUAAUGUUUGAAACUUGGGAUUCAAAGUGAGUGUGAUGUGAGAUCAUUUGUUGAGUGGGAUGUACUGUAUAUGUUUGCAAGUUCAAAUACAUGGGAACAUAUCUAAGUGUGAAAAAUGCUGCAAUGUUUGUUUGUAAUUCAACAAUGAAAACUUGCAAAAAAAGCAAAGUCAUCUCACUAGUUGUCUGAUUUUAAUGACACUGAAGAUGACAAGAAAACAUUGAGUGGAUAAUAUCAUCUGCAUAGGACAUGUCCUUUGUACUGUAACUGCUUAUUUAUUUAGAAGUACCAACUUGAAUUAUUAAAAAUAUUGUUUCUAACAAAUGUUACUGGUGUU